GCCUCUGAGCUCCGGCCCCGCCGCGCCCGCCCCGUCGAAGUUUGGGGAAGGUGCCGGUGCGGGGAGGGCUGUGCAGGGGUGGGGGGGGAAGGAGCGGCGCGGCUCAUGCCCGCCCCGGAGCCCGGCGAUCGGCGCGACCAGGUCCUGCUAGCGAGUCAUGAUGGUUGAAUCUGCCUCGGAGACGAUCCGUUCCACGCCCAGCUCGGCGCAGAACGGGGUGAGCAGCCUGAGCAAUCAGCCCGAUGGCGGCGGCGGCGGCAGCGGGGGCGGCCCCGGGGGCGGCGGCCGCGACGGAGCCGCCGGAGCCGAGGCCAACGGAGAGAUGAGCCCCGUGGAGCUCCUGCACUUCCAGCAGCAGCAGGCUCUGCAGGUGGCUCGGCAGUUCCUGCUGCAGCAGGCCACGGGGCUCAGCUCCCCCAGCAGCAACGAGGGCAAGCAGCCGGCGGUGCAGGUCCCUGUGUCCGUGGCCAUGAUGUCCCCGCAGAUGAUCACGCCGCAGCAGAUGCAGCAGAUCCUGUCCCCACCCCAGCUCCAGGCCCUCCUGCAGCAGCAGCAGGCAAUAAUGCUGCAACAGCUGCAGGAAUACUACAAGAAGCAGCAGGAGCAGCUUCACCUGCAGCUGUUGACCCAGCAGCAAGCCGGAAAGCAGCAACCCAAAGAGCAGCCGUUGGGGAACAAGCAGCUGGCCUUCCAGCAGCAGCUCCUGCAGAUGCAGCAGCUCCAGCAGCAGCACCUGUUAAACCUGCAGCGCCAGGGCCUGGUGAGCCUCCCGCCGGGGCAGGGCACGGUGCCCCUGCAGACCCUGCCCCAAGCUGUUUGCCCCUCAGACCUCCAGCAGCUCUGGAAGGAGGUCACGGCCACCCAGCCCGUGGAGGACAGCAUUAAGCAGGAAGGUCUUGACCUCACCACCAACACCUCCAACUCUACCUCGUUUUCGGCCGCCAAGGUCUCGCCUCCCAUUUCCCACCACCCUCUGCCCAAUGGACAGAGCACCAUGCACACGCCGAGAAGGGACAGCUCUUCCCACGAAGAGACCCCCGGCUCCCACCCGCUCUACGGCCACGGAGAGUGCAAGUGGCCUGGCUGCGAAACCCUCUGUGAGGACUUGGGGCAGUUUGUCAAACACCUCAACACAGAACAUGCACUUGAUGACCGAAGCACGGCCCAGUGUCGAGUCCAGAUGCAAGUGGUACAGCAGCUGGAGAUACAGCUGGCCAAGGAGAGCGAGCGUCUCCAAGCAAUGAUGGCCCAUCUUCACAUGAGACCUUCAGAGCCAAAGCCUUUCAGCCAGCCUGUAAGCCUGAACCUGGUCUCCAGUGCCACCCUCUCCAAGAGCACUUCUGACACGUUUCCUGACGGUUUACCUCAUCCCCCCACCUCGGCCACGGCGCCCAUCACCCCCCUGCGGCAGGGCCCCUCCGUCAUCAGCUCUUCCACUUUACACAGCGUGGGGCCCAUCCGCAGGAGGAACUCGGAGAAGUUCUGCACCCCAAUCUCUUCAGAGCUUGCACAGAAUCACGAGUUUUACAAAAACGCCGACGUCCGGCCGCCCUUCACGUACGCCUCGCUCAUCCGGCAGGCCAUCCUGGAGACCCCCGACAGGCAGCUAACGUUGAAUGAAAUCUAUAACUGGUUCACGCGGAUGUUCGCCUACUUCCGGAGGAACACGGCCACCUGGAAGAACGCCGUGCGCCACAACCUGAGCCUGCACAAGUGCUUCGUGCGCGUGGAGAACGUCAAGGGCGCUGUGUGGACCGUGGACGAGCACGAGUACCAAAAGAGAAGGCCACCAAAGAUGACAGGGAGUCCCACCUUAGUCAAAAAUAUGAUUUCAGGACUCGGUUAUGGAGCACUUAAUGCAAGUUACCAGGCUGCGCUGGCAGAGAGCAGCUUCCCCCUGCUCAACAGCCCCACCAUGAUCAACACCAGCUCGGCCAGCGCCAUGCUGCACGUGGGCCACGACGACGUCAGCAGCACCGUGGAGCAGGUCAACAGCAACGGCAGCAACAGCCCCCGGCUGUCCCCGCAGCAGUACAGCCACCCCGUGCACGUGAAGGAGGAGCCAGCUGAGGCAGAGGAGGACAGCAGACCCGUGUCACUGAUGGCCACCACCAACCAGAAUGUGACGAUCCCCGACGACAGGGACCUGGAGGAGGAGCUGCCGGUGGAGGACUUGUCCUAAGGACUCCUUCCUCCUCCCCCACCCAGGGGCAAACCCUUCCCACCCUCCUGGACGGAGACCAAGCCACGCUCCCACCUCCCCAAGGUGACCUUGGCGUUCUCCUGGUUCUUUCAAGGCACUUCCACAAAGCAAAAGGUUUUCCUUGGGACGAUGACAAUGACAAUGACACCAACCUGUUGCUGCUGGCGUGUCCCUCACGCUGCCACUGCCCGGGGACGGACUGGCCCCGCCACCACACCAGAAGCAAAACACCAAGAGCUGGACUUUUCCUGCCUUCCUCCCUUGGUUAGUGACUGGUGACGAGGAUGGUAGGUUGGUUGUUCCUGUCCAAAAUGGUCCCUCCUUCCUUCCUGCAGGGAAGGCACCUCUGUCCCCUGUCCCCCCGCGGUGCCCGAGCCCUGGGGAGCGAUGGCAGGACCCCGCUGUCACCUCUGUCACCUCCCUGGGGUUUUGCACUACGGAGGGAUGGUGGAGCCUGCCCACGUGCUGCCUCCACCCAGCUUUGGGGGAAGAAACAGCAGAAACGGGGCUGAGAGCUCUGCAGGACGCGGGGUUUGGCACGGAGCUGGGAUGGACGCGAAGCAGCGCGGUGGUGGGACGGUGUCCCCUUGUCACCUCUGCCUGGCAAGCAGAGCAGCCUCCAGGCUUGCCCACCCUCCCUGAGCCCCAGCUGGUGGGGGGCUGCUGGCCCCAGCAGUGCUGACCACCCCAGCAGUGCUGGCAGCAAGGUCACAGCUCCCUCCUUCCUGCUGGACAUCGGUCACAGCGGUGCCACCUCCCAGCCAGCAGGGAUGGCCCCUGCUCCCAUUUCACUUCAGGGAAAGGCUCCCUGUGCCUCCCAUCCACCCCCAAAGCUGGGCCAGGGGCUUGGUGGAGCAAAGGGGCAACAUCCCCACAGCUGAGCACCUGCAGGGGACCUGGGGGUCAUCAAAGCUGGCCCUGGAGGAUCCCUGUGGUGGCCAAAUCUGGCUGUGGCCCCCGAGCCGAGCCUGCUGCUGGUGGGGGGGGAGGAAAUUCUGCUUUUCAUCUUUUCUUUUCCUCAUCCUUUUGUUUGCGUCCAGAUGGGAAGAUACCAAAAGAUUUCUUAGAGACAGAAGGUCCGUAGUUCAGGUGGACAGAUGGUAUUCAUGCCAAAAAAAAAAACAAAAAAAAAAAAAAAAAGAAAACCACACACAAAAAAAUUAAUAAUAACGAGAACAACACAACCAAACACCCCUCUUCUCCCUGCUCUUUCUUUCUGGGGGGUGAUGUGGGUACCCAGUGCCAGGCUCCUCCUGGGAGGCAGUGUGACAUUCCCAGUGUCCUGUGGUGGCUUUGGGGAGCGUCACCUUCCCUCAGGAGCAUCCCCUUUCCCUGCCAAUCCUCCCCUUCCCUGGCACAGCCAGGCUGGCUCUGGCUGUCCUGGCACCCAGCAGGGUCGUGAGGGAUCUCUGUGAUGGACCUGGAGCUGCUCUGCUUUUUAAGGCCAGCUCGGGCUCUCCAGAGUGGCCCCGAGGUCUCCUCUGUCCCCCUCUGUCCCCGUUUUCCUGGGAUGUGACAUUCCCGGGGGGCUGUGUCACCGUGUUGGGCUGGAAAUGCCACACCCAGAGCCGUGGGUCAGGGGAAGGUGUCGCCUGUCUCCGUGUGUCACCUCUGCGACCCCCCCGAGGGGCUCCUGGAGCUGUGGGGUCAGCCUGGACUCCCCUCAUCCUUUUCCUUGCCCAGCGCAUCCUGCAUGCCCAGCUGGCUGCAGGGACUGGGGGGUCCCUGUGCCACCCCUGUGUCCCCCUGUGCCACCCCUGUGUCCCCGCUGUGUCCCGGGGCUCUCCGGGCUGCAGUGGCGCCUCUCCCGUGCCGCAUCCCGGCGUUUCCCUGCUCCUCACGACGCCCCUCUAGGUGUCACCCGCGCCCGCGGCUCGCCGUGCGAGCGCCGGGACAGCCUUUCCUUCCUUCCCGAGCAUCCCCGGCUCCUUCCCGGUGCCGGGACAGCCUUUCCUUCCUUCCCGAGCACCCCCGGAGCAUUCCCGGUGCCGGGACAGCCUUUCCUUCCUUCCCGAGCAUUCUCGGCUCAUUCCCGGUGCCGGGACAGCCUUUCCUUCCUUCCCGAGCAUCCCCGGAGCAUUCCCGGUGCCGGGACAGCCUUUCCUUCCUUCCCGAGCAUCCCCGGCUCAUUCCCGGUGCCGGGACAGCCUUUCCUUCCUUCCCGAGCAUCCCCGGCUCAUUCCCGGUGCCGGGACAGCCUUUCCUUCCUUCCCGAGCAUCCCCGGCUCAUCUCCGGCGCCGGGACAGCCCCUCCUUCCCGGCUCAUUCCCGAGCCAUUCCCGAGCCAUUCCCGGCUCAUUCCCGAGCCAUUCCCCGUGCCCGGCCCCUUCCCGGGCUCUGCCGGGCACCAGAAACCCUGCCCGGGCUGGGGGGCACCAAAGAGCCCCCCUUUUGCUGUGCACAUCCCAGUCCAUCCCGAUCCAUCCCAGUCCAUCCCAGUCCAUCCCGAUCCAUCCCGAUCCAUCCCAAUCCAUCCCAGUCCAUCCCGAUCCAUCCCGAUCCAUCCCAGUCCAUCCCAAUCCCCUCCCAAUUCCCUCCCUCCUACCCAAGGAGCUGCGAGGCACCGUGGAUUUCCCCCAUCUACUUUACUUUUUCUUCUUUUUCUCUUUUUUAUUGGUUAUUUUUUCUUUUUUUCUCUCUUUUCCUCUUAUCUUCCUUUUUCUCUUUUCUUCCUUUUUGUUUAUUCCCCUUAUUCCUUAUUCCCCCUUUUUCCUCUCUUCCUUUUCUGUUUUUUCUUUAUUCCCCUUAUUUUCCUUUUCCCCCUCAUCUUUCUUUAUUCCCCUUUCUCCCUCUUUCCUUUUUCCAUUUCAUUUUCUCUUUUCUCUUCUUGUUUUCUUCUUCCCCCUAUUUUUCCCUUUUCCAUCCAUUUUUCUUCCUACUUCCCCUCUUUUCUUUCCUUUUUCUUUUUUUUUCCAUUUUUCUUUUUCCCUCCCCCCCUCCCACUUUUUUAUUCUUUUUUUUCCCCCUUUAUUCCCCCACUCUUUAAUUUAAAUCAUUUUUGGAACAAGUUUACAGCUGCCCUGGGGGGUUUUUUAUCACCUUUUGCUGCUUUAUUCCCAGGAAGGAGCAGGAAGGGCAGGACCUUCCAGACUUUGGGAUGCUGGGCCACCCCUCACCCUCCACAGGGAAUCUCUGCCCCCAUCCAGGUUUUUUGGGAUUUUGGGAAUUUCUGUCCCUGCUCUUCAGCCCCCUCACUGAUUUUGGGGGGUUCAGUGGCUGCUCCCCUUUUUCCCCUUCACCUUCCUCCUCUCCCUUUUUUUUUCCCCCACCUCCUCGGGAUGUGAUUAUUUUUUUAAACUUCUCCAGAGGUACCAACACCCCCAAAAUGCAUCCCAAGGCCUGCAGACCCCCAUGGAUUCUGCCAAAAUCCCCCCCCAAACCCACGGGGCUCCUUCCCCUCUGCUCUGAGAAUUCCCGACGCUCCUUGGCUCCAUCCAAGAGCACUCCCUAGACAUUAUAGAUAUAAAAAUAAAUCUAUCAAUAUGAAAGAGGAAUUUUUUUUACCUUGAAACACAAUGCCCAGGUUUGGAAGAGCCCAGUGAUGCUCCAGGUGAUGCCUUUCCCCCCCCCACCCCGGGAAUUCCACAAUUCCAAAGGGAAACGUGCCUGGUUUGAUACUCAGGGGUGAAUUUAAUUCCUUCUCUUACCCCCACCCAGCCUGGCCACCUCUGCAGGCUCCCACCUGAGCCCAGGUACUGUGUGCCCCCUCCUGCCUCGCUGCCUCCUCCCUCCCCACCCCUCUGGUUCAUUUUUUGGUUGGAAUUUUCCGGAAUUCUGCGAGUUUUACCUCAGACGCUGCGGGAGGGAGGAUCCAGGACCAAACACGUGGCAGAGUUGUGUGUCUGUAUAUAUUGAGAUAUUCUGGCUGUCCUACCAACACAAAUUGUUCUUUUUUUGGGGGGUGGGGGGGUUAUUCUGUAUUUUUGUGAUUUAUUUCCUCUUUCUCUCCACCCUUGGGGCACUUCUGUGAGGGGCAGCUGAGGGCACCUCCCUGGACCUAAAGGCAUUUUUCUGGUAUCUCCCACCGAAGGAAUUACUCAUUUCCCAUGGUUUUUUGUGUUUGUUUUUUAUUAUUUUUAUUAAUUCCUCGAUGAUUUCUUCUCCCCACGCCUGGGGAAGGGGGGUCAGAACCCAGUGCCGGGAGGGAGGAGCAGCUGAACCUGCAUCAAACCAAAGGGUUUCUUUGCUUUGUUUACACCCCUGGCCAACCUCACGCCCCGCAGCAUCUCCCUGGAUCUAGGUUUUUGUCCUGGAAGCGUUGGGGAAGGUCGGGACAUCCCAGAGCCAGGGGUUGGGCGGGGGGGGGGAGGAUGGAACCGCGACAGAUUGGGGACAUCCCCCUUGGGGACAUCCCCCGCCGGGAAGCGCCAGCCCUGCCACCACCUUUUUUUUUUUUUUAAUUUUUUUUUUUUUUUCCUGUUUUUUCCCGUUUUAUCCCCGUCCUGCGCGGCGCUGGGUGGGAAGGCGAUGCUGGGGAGGUGGGGUGAGGUCCGAGGGGGCGGAGGGGAGGGCGGAUGUGUAAAAAGUGACCCCGAGCCUCCCUCCCUGCCUGCCCCCGGCUGCCUCCCUCCCUCGCCGUGCUGUAUAAAGGAAAUCCUGGCUGUGUAUUUGUACUCCGAGCUCCGUGUGUCUGCGUGGGCAGACGGUAAACCCUUGUACAGUAGGUCUAGCUGCAUGUAAUCUGUAUGGACAAUGGCAUUAUAAAAUGCAAUAAAAGAAAUUACCUAUCGUG